UUUCUUCGCUAAAGUUUUUAUUUACGUUUCGCAUCGUCUCGUGAAGAAUUCCCGAAAAUUAAUUGCAAAUUUAGUGAAAACCCGUGAAAAUCCGCCAACCGUAACGAUGGCCGGCGGUUCGUCGCGUGUUCCCAUCUCGAUGCUGCUGCAGGACAAAUCCACAGCGCCGGAAGAUGACGAGGAACCGAAGAAGAAAUCCCGCGAGGAUUGGCGCAAGGCCAAGGAGCUGGAGGAGGCCCGUAAAGCGGGAACAGCCCCGGCCGCAGUGGACGAAGAAGGUAAGGACAUCAAUCCGCACAUUCCGCAGUACAUUAGCUCGGCACCGUGGUACUACAAUACUGCCGGGCCAACGUUGAAACAUCAACGGCCGCAGGACGAGCGCAAGCAGGAGUUCUCCGGGAUCGAUGAGUGGUAUAAGCGCGGGGUGGACACCAGUAAGGUGGUUACGAAAUUCCGGAAGGGAGCUUGCGAGAACUGCGGAGCGUUGACUCACAAGAAGCUCGAUUGCAUGGAGCGGCCACGGAAGGUGGGCGCCAAGUUCAAUGGGGCAAAGAUUGCGCACGAUGAGUUCGUUCAGCCAAAAAUCGUGUCAGAUUAUGACGGAAAACGGGAUCGCUGGGCCGGAUAUGACCCGGCCAAUCAUCGUGAGAUCGUGGAGGAGUAUCAAAAGAUUGAGCUGGCCAAGAGAGAACUGAGGGCACAGAAGCUGAAGGAGAAUCCGGAUAUGGCGGAUGAGGAAGGGGAAGACGAUGAGGACAAGUACGUGGAUGAGGUUGACAUGCCCGGAACGAAGGUGGAUUCCAAGCAGCGGAUUACCGUUAGGAACCUCCGAAUUCGUGAGGACACAGCGAAGUAUUUGCGUAAUUUGGACCCGAACUCGGCAUACUACGAUCCGAAGACUCGUUCCAUGCGUGAUAAUCCGAAUCCGAAUCUGAAGCCGGAAGAAACGGACUUUGCCGGGGAGAACUUUGUUCGCUACUCGGGUGACAUUCAGAAGCACGCCCAGGCACAGUUGUUCGCUUGGGAGGCUCACGGCAAGGGAGUUGAUGUGCACGUCCUGGCUGAACCGACCAAGUUGGAACUGCUGCAGAAGGAGUACGACAAGAAGAAAGAUCAGUUCAAGGACGAAGUUAAAAAUACCGUGCUGGAGAGAUACGGCGGGGAAGAGCAUUUACAAGUACCACCGAAGGCGUUGCUACUGGCCCAGACGGAAAACUACGUGGAGUACAAUCGGUUCGGAAAGGUCGUGAAGGGAGAGGACAAACCGAUCAUUCGAUCUCAGUACGAAGAGGACGUCUUCUUGAACAAUCAUACGAGCGUUUGGGGCUCGCACUGGAAGGACGGAGUUUGGGGCUACAAGUGUUGCGAAUCUACGAUCAAGAACUCGUACUGCGUUGGAGAUAACGGUAAGUCAUCCGGAUUGGCGAGGCCUCCGUUGGACGCAGAGCCGAUUUCCGGUCCCUCCCGGGUUGGUGCGUUCGAAUGUCAGAAGGAACAGGAAACCAAGAGGCAGCAGGAAAUCAAACAAGUCGACGACCACAACGAGAGGGGGGAUGGCAGUAGUAACAGCAUCAGUAGCAGCAGCAGCAGCAGUAGCAGUAGUAGUGAGUCUUCGUCGUCGGACUCGGAAUCCGACGAGAAAGAACGUAAAAAGUCGAAAAAGUCCAAGAAGAAGCGCAAGAAGGAGAAGCGGCGGUUGAAGCGGGAGGAGAAGAAACGCCAGAAGCGAGAGGAAAAGAACAAAGUGAAGGACAAACUGCAGCUGGCGCUGAUGGCCGAAGAGAUGCACCAGAGGCGGGCGAACGAGCUGCUCAAGAUGGACGAAAGGAAACGGCCGUACAACAGCAUGUUCGAGGCCAAGGUGCCGACCGAGGAGGAAAUGGAAGCGUACCAGAUGAAGCGAAGGCGCGAUGAGGAUCCGAUGAGUCAGUUUGAUGAUAAGUAGAUUGGACGUUCGUUUGGUAUGUGGAUUAGUGUG